AUGGCAAGAAAAUCAAUGAAACCACAUGAAAUAGAACAAGAAUUGGAAGAAGAUAGUUCUGAGGCUGAUUUUUCUGACGGAUCUGAUGAUUUAUACGCCCCGUCGCAACUAGAUGAAGAAUCUGAAGAUAUUUCUGAAUUUGAAGAUGUUUCUGAAUCUGAUACGGGUUCACAUAAUGAGGAAUUUCCGUUAAUAACAGGAGAUGAUGCAGCAACUGAACCUGCGUCAGCAGCUGAACCUCCGACAAUAGCUGAACCUACAAUAGCGGAUGAAUCUGCAACAGCAACUGAAUCUGUAGCAGCGGUUGAAUCUGCAACAGAAGCUGAAAUACCUGUAAAUAAUAUUAAUAUUUGGAUGGAUCCGCCGAUGAAUUUUGUACCUAGAAAAGAUAUUUCGCAGAUUCGUAAAUGUACAUUGAGUCCUAAAGUAUCUCGCUAUCAUACUGAAUCAGAUGUAUUUUUAAGAUUUAUGCCAAUAAGUGCAAUAAAAUACAUCGCGCAAUGCACUAAUCAAAGAUUAGAAAUUCAUCGAUCAUCUAAGAGUAAUCGUAGUUCUGUAAAGGACACUGAUUACGGAGAAAUAAUGAUAGUUUUGGGUUGUACAUUUAUAAUGUGCUACAAUCGUGUACCAGCUAUAUCUGACUAUUGGUCCAAAAAAAAGUCGUUACAAAAUCUGGCAAUAAAAGAAGCAAUUUCACGGGACAGAUUUCAAAUAUUGAUGGCAAAAAUGUACUUCGCCCCCGUAGAACAGCCUUCAAAUGCACCAAAAACUUAUUACAUGGAUGAUAUUGUUAAUUGCUGUAAAAAAACUUUCCGAGAAAUGCGGCAAGAUAGCCCAUUCCAGAGUAUAGACGAGAGCAUGACCAAAUUUCUGGGGCGUUUUUCUAUGAAACAGUAUAUGCCAUUAAAACCAAUUAAACGUGGUAUUAAAAUUUGGAUGAGAUGCGAUUCUUUGACUGGCUAUACCUAUGAUUUCAACAUUUAUUCUGGUAAGGAAACCGGAUCUUUACAUGGCACUCUUGGAGAGCGUGUUGUGAAUAAAUUAAUGGAAACUGUUACCGAAACUGAUGUUACUCUAUGUUUUGACCGAUUUUUCACAUCAGUUCAUUUGGUAAAUACUCUCCCUUAUCCAGCCCUUGGAACAUGUAUCGCAAAUCGAAAGGAUCUUCCAAAAAUAACCGCCAAGCUUGAAAGGGGUGAAUAUAUAUUUAAAAGUAAUCAACAUGGUACAAUGGCUGUGAAGUGGCAAGAUACGAAGGAGGUAUUGGUUUUAAGUAAUUGCCAUACCAAUACUGUUGGAACUGUAAAACGUAAAAUGAAAGAUGGUCAAAAGUUAGAUGUGCCUUGUCCAGACAUUAUAAAAUGUUACCGUUAUGUCAUGGGAGGUGUUGACUUGGCAGACAAAAUGGUUGGCGUCUAUGAUUUGGACAGAAAAUCUACAAAAUGGUGGAAAAAAGUUUUUUUUCGGCUAAUAAUGACCUGUGCAGUAAAUGCUUGGAUUGUUUAUUCUGAAAUUCACAGAGAAAAAAAACCAUUUAAAGAUUUUCUUGUUGAUUUGUCUGAACAACUUAUAGCUAAUGGGAGAAAAUCUGCGGCGAUAAAGCGUACUAGAAAAGACGGAAGGAAUUCGAAGCGUGCACGUUUAUUUAACAAUAUUGGUGAUCAUUUACCAAUUCUUGGAACUAUGCGACGUCGUUGUGAAGGCUGCAAAAGAAAGGGAAAAGAAAGUAGAACACGACAAAUGUAUGAACAUUUGGCUGAUGUAGAGGUAACUGAACGACAAUAUCACGACAUAUUUGUUAGUGAAUUUAACAUUUCAUUUCACAAACCUCGUAAAGACCAAUGUAAUAUUUGUGAAUCCUAUAAGAAUCUUGACAAGAAAGAAACAGCUUCUCAAGAGAUAUCUCAUCAACAUUUAAAAAAAUAA